GUCACCCCCCCUUCCAGUUUCCAGUAACGCUAAGCAGGAAGAUGUCUCGGGACAGCCCUCGAUGAGGCCCUCAUCCAUAUGUCCAUCCUGUUCACAUCAAAAAUGUGAUGCAGCCUUAAAGGUGCAAGUCAUUCAUCGCCACUCAUCAUAUCUGCCACAGAGAAGCCUCGUCAAGUCUCUCCUUCCCAAGGGCAUGACCUCUCCCCUGCUUGAAAAUGUUUCAGCUCUACAGAAAUCACUCGAGCCUUCCCAGUGAAAGCAGCGAUACAUCCAGCUCUGGCUUCGGCAGCAUCAUCGAAACCCCCAAACACAUCCUCUACUCAGCCUGCAGUUUACCUCACACCUUGGACGACUUGCUGGCUGGGCUGUCGGUUCCGAAGAAAGCCGCUCGUAGGCCCCCGCCCAGCCGCCCUCGACGCAACAGCAGCCCCACCGUCCCUGUCGACCUGGACAUGAGCGAUGGGGAGACCAGCCUCUCCGACAGCGGCUCAGAGUCUCCUGUUUGUGUGGAACUGCCGCCACAGCCCUUCAUCCGCGAGCACACUGUCAGCAGCACCAACGCUCAGGUUUCUUGGUCAGGCCCACGCAACGGGGAGUUGAUUUCCUUUUACGAAUUGCAGCUGCAGGAGGCCAGGCUGGAUGGUCAAGGCAAGAACAUCCACUGGUUUUGCUCGCAGACGGAAGAGCACCUGGAGAAUCUGACUCCUGGCACUACGUACUUGCUCCGUGUGAGGUCUCUCAACGUGGCAGGUGCUGGGAAGUGGAGUGCACCCUAUAAGUUUGGCACAAUGCCUUCUGUGGCGGGCAUGCCUCUGGACCCGGCUCCUGUCACUGUCACCGUGCGGCGGUGCAGGAAGCCCCAGAAGAAGACGAUCUUUAUCCCUGCCCCCUAAGAGGACUGACAACAUGGAAGUAAAGGAUGGCACCU